GGGAGAUGUAGCCUAAUUGAAAGAGGCUUGAAUUUCAGACUUCCUCUUGGAAUGUCCCUGGGGGAGAUUUAGCCUGAACAGGUUUCUCAAUCCUCCCUUUAUUGGGACCAAGAGUUGUUCCCGGGGGUUUCAAUCAGCAGAGGUGAGCUUUUUUUUUGGACCAAAGGUUUCUCACAGCAUAGUCCCGGCCAGAGAGAUGGAAACAACAACCACUGAGAAUGGAGGUGGAGGAACCAGUGGGUCAAAAGAUUACAAAAAGCCAACUGCUGCUGCACUGAAAGGAGCCAUCCAGCUGGGCAUUGGGUAUGCUGUGGGGAACCUGAUAUCCAAGCCUGACAGAGAUGUGCUCAUGCAGGAUUUCUACAUUGUGGAGAGUGUCUUUCUACCCAGUAAGGGGAGCAACAUGACCCCAGCGCACCACUUCCCAGACUUCCGCCUCAAAACCUACGCCCCUCUCGCCUUCCGCUACUUUAGGGAGCUCUUUGGCAUCAAAGCAGAUGACUACCUGUACUCCAUCUGUAAUGAGCCUCUGAUCGAGCUGUCCAACCCCGGGGCCAGCAGUUCCUGGUUCUACCUGACCAGCGACGAUGAGUUCAUCAUUAAGACAGUGCAGCAUAAAGAGGCUGAGUUCCUGCAGAAACUCCUUCCUGGUUACUACAUGAAUCUGAAUCAGAACCCGAGGACACUGCUACCUAAGUUCUACGGCCUGUACUGCAUCCAGUGUGCCGGGGUCAACAUCCGUCUGGUGGUGAUGAACAACGUGUUGCCCAGGGCCCUCCAGAUGCACUACAAAUACGACCUGAAGGGCUCCACCUACAAACGCCACGCCUCGUGCAAGGAACGCGCCAAGUUCUCACCGACCUUCAAAGACCUGGACUUCCAGGAGAUGCUUGAGGGCCUGCACUUUGAUGGCGACACGUACAGUGCCUUAAUGAAGACACUGCAGAGGGACUGCAGGGUCCUGGAGAGUUUUAAGAUCAUGGACUACAGCCUCCUGCUGGGGGUGCAUGUGCAGGACAAGAAGUGUCUGGACAGAGGGGCCAGGGCGGACAGUAAGCGCCUCAAUGGCCAGAGGGUCCUCUACUCCACCGCCCUGGAGUCCAUCCAAGGGGAAGGGGACGGCAAGGUUGCAGAGCCAGUGGCCGACGAUGACACAAUGGGUGGAAUUCCAGCUAAACACAAAGAUGAGAAACUGCUGAUCUUCUUAGGGAUCAUUGACAUCCUCCAGUCCUACCGGUUCAUCAAGAAGGUGGAGCACUCCUGGAAAGCCCUCGUACACGAUGGGGAUACAGUGUCAGUUCACAGGCCCGGUUUCUAUGCAGACAGAUUUUUGAAGUUCAUGGGCGGCACUGUAUUCAAAAAUAUCCGUCCUCUAAGAGGAGCAUCCUCCAAGAGGAAGAGGAGCUCCAUCCAUGCGAUGAGGUCAGCCUCCCAGGAGGUACUGUCCCCCCAAAAGGAGGAGAAGAAGGACGAGAGAAAGGCCCAAAGCAUGGAGAGCCUGGGCGGACAAUUAAUGAGUUCCUCCAAGCACCCUGACCUAGUCCUACUUCCGAAAUGUUUAAAUCAGGCUGUUUCCUCAUCCUUCUCCACUCUUGAGAAGAUCAAGAAAGACCUUGAGGAGCACCUUGAGGAGCACCUGGUGAAUAGUGAUAACCAUUGUGACUCCAGUGCAAAUGUGGCCCUGGAUGACACGGUCCCCUCUCCCCAUACCCAGGGCAGUCCAGACUCUACGCAAUGUCUACUUGACGGGUGGAAGAAGAUGAAAAGUCCAUCCCACAGCAUCACUAAAUAGAUAAUGAUCUCUUUAAGCAUCAACUGCACAUAAUAACGCUAUUAUGACAGUGCUCCAAUACAGACUGUCCUGCCUUUUGAAGUCAUGACCUGCACUGUAAAGCACCUUUCUCCUGCUACCAUACACUUUGCUGCUACUUUAAAAUCAGGGACAAUCCUGAGGUUUUCGAAUGGAGAUUACUAGCAACAGUCACCUUGUGGAACAUGCCAAAUCACUUCUAUUCAAGCUUCUCUAGCAAAGCUCUAUUUGUAUGCACAUCCAUGUGAUUGAUUAUGGAUUUUAAUGUUGAAAUAUCACUAAUGACAAUGUUCAAAUCUCUGAGGCUGGAUUCCUGAAAAAAUGUCAUCUGUAAAUGUUAUUUGAUUAAAUAGGAAGCAUUAAAAAAAAAUUAUAUACAUGCAUAAAGAUACAGAAUUUAAUGAAAAUAAAUCUAGAAUAGUACACGAAAAUACUGUAUUGAGCAAAUGCUUUAGUUACAUGACAUACUGUUGAGACUCCCGAAAUCAACCCAUUAAGCCAUAUCACAAUCAGUGCAGUAGACCUUGGACACCAGGGAACACAAAAUGUAGUGGGGACUUAAGGCUUGCACACAUCGCACCGAAUGUGGUUCUAGCAUUCGUCUGCCAAUCGUUCAGCACGCUGUGUUUUAGGGACCACCCGCUGUACAUGUCUGACUGCCAAAACAUUUCUGGCGAUUCUACAUGUAAAAUUGAUUCGCAGUUGUUUUGCAAAGUACAUUCAGACGUGCUAAAUAGUCCUACUCUUGGCCAGCAAAUGCUAUCGGUGUGUCUGAGCCCUUAGUUGCCAAUCAAUAUUCCAUGCAUUGAAUUAGUCAAGAUUGUAAAACAAUGCCAUGGUGAAAGAAUACCUUUGAAGGCCUAUGUUAUGUAGCUAAAGACAUGUGAUUAUGCCAUAUCACGAAGUGUCUUCCUUUCAUGAUCACACAUUUUAUAAUGCAUUUCAUAUAGGUGUAGGCCCAUUAAUGAUCAGGCAUGAUUGCACAUUUUAUUUGUUGUAAAAUGAUGUAUUUCAAGAUUUUUUUAAAUGUACAGUUGGCAUAAUAUGUAUAUUGUAUUUUAAAAUAAUUAGUCUUCUAUAAAUAUUUGUCUGUCAAAUAAAAUCAGAUUUUAUGCCGUA